GUUGCUGGGCCCGGCGGGUUGGGGGUGCUGGAGGACCCUCCGCUGAUUGGCUGCGGCGUCCGGGCGGAAGUGAUGCUGCUGUCACUGGCUCCCCGGGCUCCCGGGAAGCCGCGAGUUUCCGCAGGGAGGCGGCGGCGGCAGCCGCGGCCGGGCUGGACCCACAGGUCUUCAGCCUGUGCUCAGAGUCAACAGUUCUCACAGCAAAGGUGGCACUUUUUCUUCAUUUGCAUAAAAUGAGGAUGACGUGGUUAGCCAAAUCAGAAGCUCAACCUCACAGAGAGUCCAGCCUGCUGCUCUGAUGCCGAAGGGAAGACAGAAAGUGCCACACUUGGAUGCCCCCCUGGGCCUCCCCACCUGCCUCUGGCUGGAAUUAGCCGGGCUCUUUUUAUUGGUUCCCUGGGUCAUGGGCCUGGCAGGGACAGGUGGGCUAGAUGCCCAGGGCACAGGGGGACUGAGCUGGGCUGUGCAUCUAGACAGUCUGGAAGGUGAGAAAGAGGAAGAAAAUCUGGAGCAGCGGGCACAUGCUGUGGCCCAGGCAGCAGGAUUGGUGAACGCCGGACGCAUCGGAGAGCUCCAGGGCCACUACCUCUUUGUCCAGCCAGUUGGGCACAAGCAGGCCAUGGAGGCGGAAGUCAUCCGGCAACAGGCAGAGGCUGUGUUGGCCAGGCAUGAAGCUGUGCGUUGGCACUCAGAGCAGAGGCUGCUGAAGCGGACCAAGCGCAGCGUCCACUUCAAUGAUCCAAAGUACCCACAGCAGUGGCACCUGAAUAACCGCCGGAGCCCUGGCAGGGAUAUCAACGUGACAGGUGUGUGGGAGCGCAAUGUAACUGGACAAGGGGUGACAGUGGUGGUAGUGGACGAUGGAGUGGAGCAUACCAUCCAGGACAUUGCACCCAAUUAUAGCCCAGAGGGUAGCUAUGACCUCAACUCUAAUGACCCUGACCCUAUGCCCCACCCGGAUGUGGAAAAUGGCAACCAUCACGGCACGCGGUGUGCAGGAGAGAUUGCUGCUGUGCCCAACAACAGCUUCUGCGCAGUGGGUGUAGCCUAUGGGAGCCGCAUAGCAGGUAUCCGGGUACUGGAUGGACCACUCACAGACAGCAUGGAGGCUGUGGCAUUCAACAAGCACUAUCAGAUCAAUGACAUCUACAGCUGCAGCUGGGGCCCAGAUGAUGAUGGGAAGACGGUGGACGGUCCCCACCAGCUUGGAAAGGCUGCCUUACAACAUGGAGUGAUGGCUGGUCGCCAGGGUUUUGGGAGCAUCUUUGUAGUAGCCAGUGGCAAUGGAGGCCAGCACAAUGACAACUGCAACUAUGAUGGCUAUGCCAACUCCAUCUACACAGUCACCAUAGGUGCUGUGGAUGAGGAGGGUCGGAUGCCUUUCUAUGCAGAGGAAUGUGCCUCCAUGCUGGCAGUCACCUUCAGUGGUGGGGACAAGAUGCUCCGGAGCAUUGUGACCACUGACUGGGACCUUCAGAAGGGCACUGGCUGCACAGAGGGCCACACAGGGACCUCAGCUGCAGCACCUCUGGCAGCUGGCAUGAUAGCCCUCAUGCUGCAGGUACGGCCCUGCCUCACAUGGCGUGAUGUCCAGCACAUCAUUGUCUUCACAGCUACCCAGUAUGAAGACCGCCGUGCAGAUUGGCUCACCAAUGAAGCAGGCUUCAGCCACAGCCACCAGCAUGGCUUCGGCCUGCUCAACGCGUGGAGACUCGUCAAUGCAGCCAAGAUCUGGACAUCUGUCCCUUACUUAGCUUCCUAUGUCAGUCCCGUGCUGAAAGAGAACAAGGCUAUUCCACGGUCACCUGGCUCCCUGGAGGUCCUAUGGAAUGGAAGUGGUCAAACCAGAGCCAUGGCAGGAGAAGGAGUGGCCAAAGGAGGGAGCCCAGGAGGAAGGAAGGAGGGGGCAGCCUCCCUCGGGUGGAGCUUUCGCCAAGAAGAUCAGCAGGACGGACCUGGAGAUGUCAGGACUGAAGACCCUGGAGCAUGUGGCAGUGACAGUCUCCAUCACUCACCCACGACGCGGCAGCUUGGAACUGAAACUGUUUUGCCCCAGUGGCAUGAUGUCCCUUAUCGGCGCCCCCCGCAGCAUGGACUCGGAUCCCAAUGGCUUCAACGAUUGGACCUUCUCCACUGUGCGGUGCUGGGGGGAGAGGGCAAAAGGCAUCUACAGACUCGUUAUCAGGGAUGUAGGCUGUUAGAAAGUGCCAUGAGUGGAAAAUAUCUACAUGAUGGCUUUGCUCUACCUUGCCCACCUGGGCUGACAAUUCCUGAGGAAGAUGGUUACACCAUUACCCCCAACACCCUGAAGACCCUGGUGCUGGUGGGCUGUUUCACCAUCUUCUGGACCAUUUACUACAUGCUGGAAGUAUAUCUGAGCCAGAGGAAUGUGGCUUCCACUCCAGGCUGUAGGAGUGGACCCUGCCACUGGCCCCAACAGAGCCGAAAAUCCAAGGAAGAGGGGACAGAGCUAGAAUCAGUGCCACUUUGCAACAGCAAGGAUCUAGAUGGAGCAGAGACAGAGAGAGGGGGCCCUUCUACCACCUCUGGCCUCCUCACCUCAGACCUGCUCGAUGAAGAGGACUGGAGCAUAUCCCAGAACAAGAAUCCUCAGCACCAACCCUUAGACCUGUUGCAGGGAAAGGAGGAGCAGAUUUGUUGACCUCGGGGCCUGAUAGACUCAAUGUGGACAGGUUCUUCCUUCCCAACUUUGGGGAACUCUGGAGAGAAAGCAGUCCUGAUGCUUACAUAUGGAACCCAAGGCCUAAACAGUAUGUUUGGGCUGCCCUCAGGGAGGGUAAGGGCCUUCCUCAGUACAAGUGGCAGAGGACUGAUGCAAGAGAACAGUCUGGUGAAACACAGGAUCCUUCUCCCGCAGACUGGGAGCUUUUGGUGAGAAGGUCCUAGACAAGGGAUUGGUGCCUGCAUGGGGCAGGCCUCCCUCCAUCCCCAUUCUCUCUCAGGCAAGCCAGUGAUUUAAGUCAUAGGGACCCCUGCUCAUGCAUGGGUGGAGAAGGUGCCUGCAUCACCAGGAACAUGACUGGGUUACUUGGGAAGAGGGCUUGUGGGAGGUUGGGUAAAACCCUCUACAUGCCUGCCCACAAGCAGCUGCCUCCAUUGUCUCUCCCUGCACUCCUGGUCUGAAGCCAACUUUGAACGUGCCCCUGACUCCCUCUGUCAUCACCCCCCACCCUUCCUCCUUCUGAAGGAUCAGUAUGGUGCUCCUGGUACAGCUGAGAAGGGGCACUGCUCCCCAGGGCCCAUGCCACUUCAUCAGGAAGUCUGUGGCAGGAUUGUGGACAGGUGUGAGACAAGUGUUUUAGGAGACAGCCUGGGGAGCCACUGCCACUUAACUAACCCUAUGACCACCCUGUCUUCCUCUGCAAAGUGCUCAGGGAAAUGGCCUUCCCCCGGGAGGCCUCUGUCCGCCUGACAGGCUGUUACUUUUGCUCCCUCUCUUGGCCUCCUCCCUUCUGAGCUGAUUCGUUGAUUUGAAUUUUUUUAAUGCUUAAGAUUUGAUUUUUCACAGCAACAUUUUGUUGAUUUUUUUUCUGCACAGCUUUUCCAAAAUAAAAAGCUUCCAAACAA